UUGUGGUAAAGAGACAGGACUUUGUGGUAUUCUUUUUAAAACGCAGGCGUUCAAGAGAUGUGGGAUUCUAGGUUAAGCCAUCUCUAUUAGCCCCUGAGAAACUGAUGCUGAGCUGUUCUCUUGAACUGCUGUAAUCUGUGUGAAGUGUACUGAAAUGUUGGGCGUGGUUGUUGUUGGGAUUGGCGUCGCUGGCAGAGUUCGGAUCCGUGAUCUUCUGAAUCCGCUACCAAACAACGCCGCAGAAAAGCUUAAACUCAUGGGUUUUGUCUCCAGGCGGACAUUAGGCAACAUAGGACAAGUAAAACAGAUCACACUGGAGGAAGCUCUACAAAGCAAUGAAAUACAAGCAGCUAUCAUCAGUUUGGAGAAUCGGUUUCAUGAGGAGUAUGUGAGGCUGUUUCUGGAGGCAGGGAAACAUGUCUGUGUGGAAUACCCGUUGGCACUGUCAGUGACUGCUGCCCAAAAACUAUGGGAUCUUGCUGAUAUCAAAGGAAAAAUUCUACAUGUGGAGCACAUAGAAUUACUGGCAGAACCAUACAAGCAGCUGAAACAGCAAGUGAAUAGAAAAGAGCUGAUAGAGGGUUCCCUGCAUUUUACAGGUGGGCCUCUAGAUCGACAACGCACUGGAUUCCCUGCCUUUAGUGGAAUAGCCCGUCUAUCCUGGCUUGUGGAUCUCUUUGGGGAGCUCAACUUGAAAUCUGCUACAUUGGAAGAACAACAAAAGCAGCAUUACUGGAAGAUGACAACACAUUUCCUUACUAAAAAUAGCAGACCCUUAAUAUGGACUGAGGAAAGAGGACCAGAGUUGAAACGCCAAAAACAAAUACAUUUUCAGUUCAAAUCGGAUACAUUGGAUCAUCUUCCAGAAGCACCCAAUACCAGUGUUGGACUAUUCAUGCAAGACCUCAAUUUGUUUGCCCAGAAACUGGCAGGGCAAACACCUACUGACCACUCUGAAAAGAAUCGCAUCCUGCACUGUCUGGGCCUGGCGGAUGAGAUAAGAAUUUUUUGUGAGCAGGUUCCACCAAGCUAACAAGAAUUGCACUUCCUCUGUCUUCUGCAAAUAAAGUUAUUGGUUUGAUAGAUUACCAUUCAGAAUUAACAUGUCGGCCUAGAUUUUUAAUUUCUGAGUAAUAGUAUUGCCUGUUUUAGUCCUUUUCACCACAUAUUAAUAACGUUAAUAAUAAUAACAAAAGAUAAUAUAUAUCCUGGUUUUAAGGGAUGAGAUAACUACCAAGCAGUUGAAUGGAUAUUUCUAUCUGAUUUCUCAGGACUGCUUUUUGUUUUGUUAAAUUAUGUUGUUAAAUUGUUAAAACAUCAGAUCACUGCAGGUAGGACUUUUAUUAUUAUGCACAUAACUUUUAUAUUAAGUAAUAAAUGGAGAGAGUGUUACAAGGA